AUCCACAAUUCAUACAACAGACUAAAGGCAGUGAUCAUUUCAAUCAGUAAAAAUUAUAACUUUUAGGUUCGUUCUACAGAGAUGGAUAGACUAAACAGAAUCGUUUCGGAGAGGCCUGUGGUGAUAUUCAGCAAGAGUUCUUGCAUCUUGUCCCACACAAUCAAGUCUCUCUUCAAUGAUUUCGGUGUCAACCCAACAGUCUACGAGCUUGAUGAGAUAGCAAGAGGCCGAGAAAUUGAGCAGGCAUUGUCUGGGUUCGGAUGCAGUAGCAUGCCAAUUGUGUUCAUUGGUGGUGAGUUGGUUGGUGGAGCUAAUGAGAUCAUGAGUCUUCAACUCAAAAGCGUUUUGAAGCCAAUGCUCAUCAGGGCUGGAGCUCUAUGGGUUUGAUUCGAUUUAUAAUUGCAACAAUUAAUAUUAUGUAGGAAAUAAAGCAAAGCAUACUGUAACUGCAGAUAAGUAAAGAAUGAAAAAAAAAAGGAUUAUGUUAUAGCUAGAUUCAUAUCCUAUGAGAUUAUAUAUACCACCAGGCUACUAGUAUUAGGUUUUAGAUCUUAUCUCCACUCUUGUCUCAUUUUUGUUUGCGACGAUACUAAGCAAUAAUAAUAUAUAAUUCUACUUUAACUAGAA